CACCAGCAUAACACUCUCUCUUGUCCCAAGCUCUUCGACUCUCUCAAACUCCACUUUCACACUUUGAAUUGCAACAACAAACACUGUGAAUCUCCAUUGACAUAUGGGGCAUUGAAUCCACCUUUGAAAGAGAAAGUGGGAAAUUUGUUGAAAUUUGAUGGCUGGGAAUCCCUUUGUUCAGCAUGAGUUUGGCUUUCAAAGCACAGAGUCAGAGAAGGGUUGUGUUGUGGAUUCAGCAGUGACCCUUUUGAUUAAGCACCUUCCUGAAGCCAUUCCUCAUGACACCCUUUCUCGACUCUUAUCCCAUUAUGGCGCUUCCUCCGUUCGUCCUUGCUCUAGUGGAAGGUUGAGAAAUUGUGCUUUUGUGGAUUUCAAAAAUGAUAUGCUGGCGUCUCAAGCUCAACGUCAACUAAAUGGGUUGAGAUUUCUUGGUAAAGUCUUGUCAGCAGAGAGAGCUAGUAACCCAAUUGAGAAUGGUGAAAAAAGUGGUGGACCUCAGCUAGGAAAGGACUCUAGAACAUCAGUUGUGAAGAAUGCAAAUAUAACCAAACCUAUUGAUGGAGAUACAAAAUCAGGAGGCCUCCCUAUUCCUGAGCCAAUUGCUGAAAGACUUGGUGUUGAUUAUCCAUUUCCUCCUCAUCUUGAGUAUGCUUAUCCUCCACCUGAUGGAAAUAUACUGACCAACAUAGUGAAUGCUUUAAUUGCUGUUCCCCGCUUUUACACUCAGGUUCUACACUUAAUGAACAAAAUGAACAUUCCGGCUCCAUUUCGUAUGGCACUGCCCACACCACCAUUACCUCCAGAGGUACCAGCCCCACCACAGCCGCCACCUCCUACUAUAACUGUGAAGCCUCGGUCUGCAGAUCUGUCUAGUGGUGAAUCAGAGAUGGAAUCUUCAGAUGAGGAGGAUGGAGCAAGAACAGGAAAGUCUGGACAAAAGCGUGCCAGGCAUGAGAGUUUUGUUGGCCCUGCCAUUGAUAAAGACGUGGCUCAUGAGUCUGUUGGAGUAAAACCAGCCUCCUUGGUCCCGAAAGAAAGGCCGGUGAUAAAAAGGAAUCAUGUCUUAACGAUAAAAAUUGCUCCCAAAGCAACCCUGAAUGAACAUAAAGAUGAUGACACAAGACAAGAGUUACAAGAGCCGGAAAAAGAUAUUCCAGAUACUAACAAAUUUUUGACUCGAGAAGAAUUAGGGAGAGGAAAGUUACCUCCUGAGGAAAUCUUAUCCCUUCCAAUGUUUAAGAACUAUACUCCUGGAAAUCCUGCUCCUGUGUUGUAUAUUAAGAAUUUGGCAAAAGACGUGAUUGCUGAUGAUUUCUAUUUUAUAUUUGGGUCCUUGUUUGGAAGUAUUGAGGCUGCUAAGUCUGGUCUUCAAGUUAAACUGAUGCAGGAAGGAAGGAUGAGAGGUCAAGCGUUUUUAACAUUUCCCUCAAUUGAACUGGCUCAUCAUGCUCUGAAUCUAGUGAAUGGAUAUGUAUUAAAAGACAAGCCUAUGAUCAUCCAGUUUGGCAGGAAUCCUGCUAUUGCCAAGGGAACUUAACCUCUAUGGACACAGGAGGGAUGUCUUGUAGUUUAUGUGCUUUAUAAGAGGCACGUGACCGCUUGAUUACUUGUAUAACAACAGACACGGCUAAUGAUGAUGCAUUCUUCAUUGACUGAGAGAGAACUCUUGUGUUAGACCACCACGAGGACAACAUUCAGAAAUGUUAGUCAUAUGGAUGCUGGCACGUGCUUUCUUCCUGAGAUUGUCAGAGUGAGAUGCUGAGAUAGAAAACAAAUUUGCUUUCUAAAUGAAUUUAAGGUUCACAUGUUAGCAAGAGCAAACUAAGGUAUAUAACAAAGGACACCCCAAGUAGCAUUGCUGUAGCUAUAGGCUCCUUACUGGUGUAGGAGACAGCUGAUUAACUAUAUUGUACACAUAAGUAAGAGGGUCCACUUGGUUUAGGGUAUAAAAAAAUAUGGUACUUGGUUCAUUUUCCGCUGUAGAAGCAGGUUGCUUGGAUUUGUGGUAAGAAAAUAAACUUUAAUUUAGAUAGGUAUUUCUGAAGGAGCAAUUAAAAAAGUGUGGUUUAGCAUU